AUGUUAAACUCAGAGCUACCAAGUCGAAGCUUACCUGUUGUCAUAACUGAGGCAAGUGUUUGUAUUGCAUUGUGCAUCGUGAGCAUCAUUGGAAACAGUCUGGUUUGUAUAGCAGCAUACAGAAACUCAAACCUGCGAUCAACCACCAACCUGUAUAUCAUUGCUUUAGCGGUCAGCGAUCUGCUGUGUGGAACAGUAGACAUGACGUUAGCUUCUGCCACGCUGAUCAUCGGAAGAUGGGUCUUUGGCGACCCCUUAUGCCAAUUUCAAGGCUUUGUUGGUGUGUUUACCGCAAACUUAACCCCAGCAACUCUUGGUCUGACAGCAAUUAACCGCUACGUGAAAAUUGUAAAGACAAGCCAUUAUAAGAAGAUUUUUUCGCCCCGCAGAUCUAAGAUAUGGCUGAGUUCCUUGUGGCUUUCCCUUGCACUUUACCUGUUGAUUGUCCGAGUCACAAAUUGGGCUAAUAUCGAUUUUAUUCAAAGCUACGCUGUGUGCUCCUUUGAUUUCCUAACUAUUGAAAGUCAAAUCGUUCAUUAUUGCAUCACGGUCGGAUUACUUUUUGUUUUACCGUUGUGUGUCGGCAUUUUCAGUUAUUAUAAGAUAUUUCUCAAAACCAAUGAGCAUCAACAUAAUGUGGUCUCAUCGCUACAGAACAGGAGUGAAAAUGGUUCAGUAACCAACUCAGUGAGAGAAAUAAAGCUUACUCGAAUGUUGUUCCUAGUGGCAACGGGAUUUUUGUGUUGCUGGAUACCAAUGUGGGUAUUUGUCCUCUGGUUUCGUUUUUCUCCUGAAACUAGCUCAAGAAUUACAGUAUUGCUUGCCGCUUUUUUCAUAUAUUUGAGUGCUUCAGUCAAUCCCAUUAUUUACGCUUUCACAAAUGGCGAGUUCCGCAGAGAAUUUCGCAAACUAUUCUGUUGCCGCCGUGAAAGGUCAAUAAAUGUGCCAAAGAAAGCUGCUGUGUUGCCUGCCAACGAUCUCGUCGAACGAGAGGAACAAGAAGCAAACUUUUAA